AUGUUCAGUACACCAGAGCGCCUAGAACGACGAACUCCAAAAGGAGGAAUCAAUAGAAAGACUUAUUUGGCGUUACUUGUUGAUGAAUACUACGAAACAUCAAACAUAGAAGCCCAACAGCAGGUGACUGCCAAUUUAGCUAAUUUCGCAUACGAUCCAAUCAAUUGGGUUUACCUACGCGAAGCCAAAGCCCACGAGCUGUUUUAUGAAAUUGUACAACAAUCCGGACAAGGAACCGUAGAUCGUUUGCUUGUGUUGCAUGCUGUCGUUGGACUUGCUAAUAUAGCCCUUGAGCCCGCAAUUGCAGAAUACAUCGAGCGCAGUAACGGAUUGAACAACCUUAGAGCAUUGUUAGAAAAGUAUAAGACUGAUUGCGAAAUAAUUUGUAAUAUUUUAAUUUGCUAUUCAUUUUUAUUGGAUGGUGGAUCCAGAACACUCUUGCUAAAACAAGACGAAUAUUUGUUAAAACUGUUAGCUUAUUUUAAACAAUCAGGAAAUACUAGAAUUAUCAAUUUAGCUACAGUUUUAUCGGAAGAUCUAAGAUAAUUCGAUGCACAGGAUUUUGCAGCUGAGAUGGAUAAGCAACAGUACCA